UAAUUAGCUUAGUUUAUUUAUAAAACCUAAUCUAAUUAGCUUAGUUAAUUUAUAAAAUGUUUUUAAUUUAGUUAUAAACAUCGUGAAUUAUUUAGUGAUUUUAUUUAGAGAUUUAAUUGAGAAAUUUAGUAAUUGAGCGAGUAUAAUUUAUUCAGUGAAUUUAUUUAGAAAAUGUUUGCUCUGAAUAUAUAGUGAGAAUGAAGAACAGAAAGAGGUCUCGAGCUAGUGAGGAUGCGGGGCCUACAGAGGAUAGACACCGGCGAUUACAUGCUUCUAGCCGGCGCGGCGAUCAUGCUGCGACCUCUCACGCGGUUGAGGCUUCAGCUCCAGCUCCAGUUGAUUCUAUGCAGUCGCCCAUGGUAGAGGCUUCAGCUCCAGCUCCAGUUGAGCCUACUGAUCGAGUUCCUACUCCGCCGUCUCCCAUGGUUGAGGUACCUCGCCAUGAGUCACCAGGCGAGGAGUCAUCAGGCGAGUCGUCAUCCGGCGAUGAGUCAUCCGGCGAUGAGUCAUCCGGCGAUGAGUCAUCCGACGAGGAGUCAUCCGGCGAGGAGGGGUCAUAUGACGAGGAUAGUAUUCCUCCUCCUGAUGUUGAUGCUGAUGUCGUGCCAGAGGCACAGGGUGGCGAGGAGGACCUGAUCCAGAGGUUGCCGCCGUUUCCGGGGGGGCCUGUUGAUCUGUCGCUUCUCACGCAUUAUGCUGAUCACAAGGCUCCCUGGACGUGGCAUGCACUCCUACGCACAGACGAGCGGUAUGUGGACCGUCGACACUUGAGGGUGGCCACAGCUGGGGGGAAGGUUUGGAACCUUGCUUGUGAUGGUGAUUCAGACAGUCACAGGAGGGUUCGAGAGUUGAUUGAGCAGACGGGUCUUCAUCAGCUACCCUGGUGCAGCUACUCGGAGACAGAUGCAGGCCUCAUUUUGGCCCUUGUGGAGCGAUGGCAUGAGGAGACUAGUAGCUUCCACAUGCCGUUUGGGGAGAUGACCAUCACCCUGGACGACGUGUCGGCUCUUCUCCAUCUCCCAAUGGGGUCGAGGUUCUAUACGCCUGGGAUGGGGGAGAGGGACGAGUGUGCAGCGCUAUGUGCUGAGUUGAUGGGAGGAUCUGUUGCUCGUUAUCAUGCUGAGUUUGAUAAGAACAGGAGCCAGACUAUUCGCUUUGGGGUCUUGCAGACCCUGUAUGAUGCUGCGUUGGAGGAGCACCGAUAUGAGGACGCUGCACGGAUUUGGCUGGUGAACCAGCUAGGCGCGACGCUCUUUGCUAGCAAGAGCGGUGGAUACCACACGACCGUCUACUGGAUAGGUAUGUUGCAGGAUCUCGGUCGAGUGUCCGAGUACGCGUGGGGCGCGAUUGCGCUCGCUACGUUGUACGACCAGCUUGAUCGAGCGUCCAGGAGGGGGACGGCCCAGAUGGGAGGUUUCAGCUCACUCUUGCUAGGAUGGGCCUACGAGUACCUUUCUGAUCGCGUCAUUAUCCGGAGGGCGGAUCCGGAGUACUCGCAGGACCAGCCUAGGGCGCGGCGGUGGGUUAUGUCCCGGGUCGGGCAUGCAGGCCUCGAUGAGAGGCGAGUCAUGCUCGAUGAGCUGACGGUGGAUGACAUUAUAUGGACCCCGAUGAGAGGUUUCGUCUAUCAACGCUUCCCUAACACAUGGCCAACCUUCCUCACCUGA